ACAACUAGCGAGAUCUCUGUGAGCCCCAUAUUUUCAUGUGUACAUGAUUAUAGCUGUUUUCGUGCAGAAAGAGCCAUUAUCGAGGGCGAGAUAGUUUCUGUUUUGCUGCAAUAAGUGUCAGUAGGCAUGGCUGUAUGGAAACUAAGCAUGUAAGUUAACGUAAGGAGUUCUUGGUGUGCAGCCCAUCUCCACCUGCAGCCUUCAUACAUUUGCAGACAGAAGCAGAGGUAGCCGUAGCAGCAGAAGCAUGGACGCUGUCCUGAGCAGGUUGAAAGGUCUCACUGCUGACGAGUUGAGGGAGGAGAUCAUUAAAGCCAACUUGAAAUGUGGCCCCAUCACCGCCACGACAAGAGCUAUAUUUGAGCGUAAGCUUGCCAGGACUCUGGUGGAGAACGCUGGACUUACCGAGCCCGACAGCAGCGGUGGUAACAGUGCCUCGUUGGACAGCUCUGGGAGUGUAGUGCCACCCUGUGCCACAUCAGCAACCCAAGAUUCGGUCACAGGUGAGGAUGGGGAUUUUGGGUACGGCAUGGGCCUUAACCCACCUGAGGAGGAGGCUCUGAGUGGAACGGUGUGCCCUUGUAAUGUGGAGAAUUCACAGUCGGAGACACAGACUACCUCGAAAACCGCACAGGGGUCGCCCACCUUUUUCUACGGAGUGUGUCCAUUGUGGGAGGAUGUGCUGGCUAGGAAUGAGAGAGCCCAUGUGUACACGGAUAAGAAAGAGGCUUUGCAGGCUGUUAAAAUGAUGAAGGGGGCUCGGUUUAAAGCUUUCUCCAAUCGCGAGGAUGCUGAGAAGUUUGCCAAAGGCAUAUGUGACUACUACCCUUCGCCUAGUAAAAGCACUCCCUGUGUUUCUCCUGUCAAACCUGGCCUGGUGUUUUGCAAAGACCACCCAUCUAUGAUGGAGGCAGACACAAUCAACAGGGAGAAGGCGAACAGUUUUAAGAGCCCUCGGACGCAAGAUUUGACGGCCAAGCUAAGGAAGGCUGUGGAGAAGGGAGAUGAGAUAGCCUUUACCGAGCUGGUGUGGAGCAACCCUCGUUACCUCAUCGGGUCAGGGGACAACCCUACUGUAGUCCAGGAGGGCUGCAGGUAUAAUGUGAUGCAUGUGGCUGCUAAGGAGAACCAGCCAGGCAUUGUUCAGAUCCUGCUGGACACUCUUGAGAACCCAGAUUUCAUGCGGCUUAUGUAUCCAGAUGAUCAGGAGAGCAUGCUGCAGAAACGCAUCGGAUAUAUCGUAGACUUGUACCUUAACACGCCAGAUAAAGCUGGAUUUGAGACGCCGCUCCACUUUGCAUGCAAGUUUGGCUGUCCAGAGGUGGUGAACAUACUGUGUUCUCAUCCAGAUAUCGACAAGAACUGCAAGAACAAGUACAACCAGAAGCCCUCUGAGGUAAUUUGUGAAAGAAUGAAAGAAAAGGGUAAGAUUCAGGAGGUCAAACAGAAGAUAAAUGAAUAUUUAGAAGAUCGAUUAUACAUCCCCUUAUUGAGAGCUACAGAUAACUCCUCCCAACCUGUGAUUGGUGCACCUUGGUCCCCUGAGCCAAUGGAAAAUCUGUCACCACGGUUACCCAGAAGCCCAAAGGAUCCAGUUAUGGCAGUCAGGGCCUUUGCUGGACCUUUAAAUCCAUCUAAAGCAGAUGAGUUCAGACGAGCGUGGAAGACUCCUCCCAGAGAACGGGCAGACCAUUUCCACAACAUCCUAAAGUCUGACCCAGACCGUGGAGCAGAAAGAGUUGGCAGAGAUCUGGCCCAUGAGCUCGGUCACCCCUGGGCAGAGUACUGGGAUUUUCUGGACAGUUUUGUGGACCUGCAGUCAAGCGAAGGCCUGAAAGUGCUUGAAGAAUACCUCAGUAAAAAGGACUUCAGGGAUCGAGCUCACGAGGAGGCUGGAGAGAACGAAACCAGCAACAGGUUUAAAACCCCAUCUCCGGGCAAACUGAAGAAGUUCUGUAACUCCAUCUCUGUGGGGACAUUUUUGGAUGAGGGUGACGAUAUCAGCCUGGAGGAGAUCAAGAACAGGCAGAACGCUGCCCUCACCAGUAUUUCUUCUGUGUGCUCCAAAGAUGGCCUGCAGGGGGCGGUAGGGGGGCUUGAGUUUCACAUCCUACCAGUCUCCCACAGUGCUGACCUCAUCGAGGUGGCGGCGGAGCAGGAUCUACUGCUCUCCAGCAGUAAAAACGGCCUGAGCGAGCAGGGCCCCGGGGACAGGACUCCAAACGGGGACAAAAUGUCCCCUCGCAUCUGCGGUUCAUCAAAUUCCUGCAUUUUGUCGCCAAUCUCAAACCUAAUGGCUGAGUUUGAGAGGAUGUCUCUGCUGGAUGAGCCAGAUAGGACAAACAGGGAGAGAAGAAGAAGUGGAGGGAAACGUCACAGAGACGCCCAGGCCACGGAGCUCACCUCUGGACUGGGCCGCCUCUCUUUGUCCUCGGAAGAUGACUCCGUGUUUGAUAAAGACAUGACGUCUGCAUUACAGGCAGCAGAGAAUGAUGGACUGGAGAGAAGAAACGACGUAGAUGCGAGGUCCAGUGCAAGUUCAGAUGAAUACUUCCUGGCCAAUGAGAGGUUAGAACCUAUGAACCAACGGACUGUAGAGACUCCAGGGGGCGAGCGCACGAUCUGCGCUAGAUCAAAGUCCUGGGAUCAUGGGGGAAGAGACCUCAGCUCCUCCGGAUCUUCCAGCUCCUACAGAUCACUUGACAGUUCUCAGGACUUCAUACUGCGGACUCCUCCUAGAGUGACGAAAAGACUCUUCAUCGAAGGGGAUUCGCCCACCAAGUUGGACAGAGAGGUUCUGUCAGCUUUAGGAGGCACAGACAUUGACCCUCUGAAGCAUCCCGGCAUUCACAAAUGGAAGAGCACAAUUCAGGCAUACUCCCACUUAGAAAUGCAAAGCUGGCAGACUCCUGCGGUGUACAAGAGCCAUUUGAGGGCUCAUUCAGUCACCCCUGGCUCUCCAGCGGGCGGCUUGAAGUCCCCCGCGGGUCGCUUCAGUCCAGCCCGUCACAUGAGCUCACCGGACGUCUGCAGCCCAGCACACUCCAACUACAGUCCCGUGAGCUACAUCCAGCAAAUCCGACUCAAACAUUUCGGCGACGCCCCCAUUUAACACAUGCUCUCCAUCCCAUCCGGCCCAAUUUCUACCAAUUAGCAACUGAAAUAAUAAGCGAAUAUGGGGAUGAAACGUCACAGAAGAGAACGGUGUCACAACAGAAGCCAUGAAAUGCACAAAUUGGACUCCUAGUGCCGUGCAAACCACAGAAAGGAUCUCGCAACAGGCCGUCCUUCAGUUUCUAUGCUCCUAGGUGCGUAGAACACAGCUCAAAUAAUAAUAUGCACAUCUCCCGGGGUGUUCCCGAAUCAUAAUAGAAAUAGAAAUAUUCGGUACUUCUGUGUAUGACACCCAGUGUGUUGAUCUGUAAUGGUCGUAUAGACUUUUUCUAACCUGUUUUGUUUUGUUUUCUAUUUUCCUUCUUAUCUUUCUCUCUCUGUGUGU